GUGCUUCAUUCAUAUCGAUUCGUUACACAGCACUGUUUUUGCCAUUCACAACCAAACGCGUUUUGUUUACAUUGCCACAUUUGUUUUCAGCUAAUGCUAAUGCAGUAGGAUGAAUAUCUUACCCAAGAAACGCUGGCAUGUACGCACUAAAGAUAAUAUUGCCCGGGUUCGUCGCGAUGAAGCUGCCGCUCAGGAAGACGAAAAGAAACGGCUGGACAAAUUGAAAUUGGCCGAAAGCGAAGCGCGUAUCAACUACCUAAGGCGUCAAUCAGGCUUACCUGAAAGUGUGAUAAAAGGAACCUCAACGCAAGAAAGUAGUGGAAUUACAUUGGAAGAGACAGCAAUACAAACUUCUAGUAGUACAUCUGCAGUAGAUCUAUUUGCAGACUAUAAAAGUCAUGUAAAGAAAACGAAUAAAGAUUUGGAAAAGGAGAAGAAGGAAGAACAGGAAAAGUAUGAAAAACAAAUCGGGUACCUCACCUAUUUAGGCCAGGACACAAACGAGGCUCUUAAGGUGCGUAGCUGGUAUGAAUUGGCUCCUAAUCGAUCUGAAAAUCCUACUGAAACCCAACUGAAAACCAAAAUAUCACAAGAUCCGCUUACAUUGAUAAAUGCGUUGAUUCCGAAAGAAAAGCAGCCUCCUGUUCAAACAGCAACCAAAAGACAAAAACGGUCACCCUCGCCAGCUGUUUCAUUGAAUGUAACAGAACGUUCGCCUGAAUCCAAGCGGCAGAGAGCAAAUGAAAAGGACAGAAAAAAGAGGAAGCAUGAUAAAAAGCACAAGAAGCACAAGCAUAAGAGGAGCAAGUCUGAGAAAACAAAUGAGCUGGUAGAAGACGCUAAGCGCGAUAAAUUAAACAGGUUGCGGAAAGAAAGGCUAUUGCGUGAAGAGCGGGAGCGACUUCGCCAGGAACAGUUAUUCGCGCCUAAGGUAUCUGCCAUACCAGCUAAUGCAGUAAUCACACCAGCUCCAACGCCACGAAUAGUACAAAAGUAUAAUAGCCAAUUUAAUCCUGAGUUUGCUAAGCAGAACAUGAUUUAAUAUGCGUAAAAAGCAAUAAAAGAUCACAUGGUCGAA